CAAAACUGAGAAGUACAACUGCACAUAUAUAUUAUGUUAACAAUAUUAUAUAUUAACACUUAACGGAUUGAUAAUUUCUUGUCUAUCUUUCUAGAAUUUAAGGGUAUUUUCGAAAAAAUGAAACAAAAUUGUAGUUGCAUGUUUUCAAAGUAUUGCUGUUUUGAUUAAAUUAGGAUCAUUAUUAAUACAAUUUUGAAGCGUUAAUUAUUUUCAUGUUUAAUGUUUCUUAUUAAUACAGUAUUUUACAAAACAUUUUAGGUAGUAUUAAUAAACGUAAAUCUACAUGUACCGUCCCUUGAGCGUCAACACAUUAUAUUUAUUUAUUAUAUACGUUUAUUUAUUAUUUAAUAUAUUUUCAGGAUCUUCGUUUACUUUAAACAUAAAAUAUUAAUGAAAUAAAUAACGUUUAUUUACUACUAUUCGAUGGUGCUCGAAAAGGGUACUAGUACGUCUCCUGCAUACAAUGUAUUAAGACAAUAUGCUCAGCACUCAAACGGUUAAUAAUACUCGGUUGAAUGGCUUCUCUCAAAUAAUCUAAAAUUGAUAGGAUACCGUGCCAGAGAAUGGGUCAUUCUGACCCUCUGGGAAAGCACAUUCGGCGAAGGAGACAUUAAAUGAAAAUGUCCAGGAAGGCAUGUGAUAAUUUAUUCCAACAAUAGGACGAAUAAUAGGAAAAAAUUAUUGUGUCGACAUACUUUUCGGAUCGAACAUGAGCUACGGAGGAGACAAUCACAGCCGGUAUGUGGAAGUCUACGAUGCAUCAAACUCGACGCCCUUCCACUUUGAAAUCAGUUGCAACUAUUUCGUGGGAUCAUUCAGUAUAUUCUCGACGAGCUGGUUCAAGUGCAUCAUUUAUUUUUUCUACAGCAUCGUUUUCCUUGUUGCUCUGACAGGAAACAGUCUGGUAUGCUACGUGGUGCACAGUAGCCCACGGAUGAAAACGGUGACGAACUUGUUCAUCGUGAAUCUCGCCGUCGGAGACAUCUUAAUGGCUCUCUUCUGUGUACCGCCUAGUUUUAUCAGCAUUUUCGUGUUGCAAUAUUGGCCGUUCGGCCAGCAACUUUGCCCUACCCUCAAUUACUUACAGGCAGUGUCAGUCUUGGUGAGCGCGUAUACUCUUGUAGCAAUUAGUAUAGACCGUUAUAUAGCCAUCAUGUGGCCAUUGAAGCCGAAAUUAAGCAAACGACAGGCUCUGUUUUUGAUUCUCGCCGUGUGGAUGCUAGCAACAGCAAUAUCAUCCCCGAUCGCUGUGGUGUCGAAACUGACGCAGCCGACGAUUCAACACAUAGUAUGCGAACAUUAUGUUUGCGAAGAAGUUUGGCCAUCUGCAGAAAACAGAUAUUAUUACUCCAUAGCCUUAUUGAUUCUCCAAUACGUGAUACCAAUAAUGGUCCUCAUGUUCACCUAUACUAGCAUAGCUGUAGUGGUAUGGGGCAAAAGACCACCUGGUGAAGCCGAAAAUGUGAGGGAUCAAAGAAUGGCUCGAUCAAAGAGAAAGAUGGUGAAGAUGAUGGUGACCGUUGUUAUAGUAUUUACAAUCUGUUGGCUCCCAUUCAACAUAUUAAAUCUAAUAAUGGACAACAACGCGUCACUGGUAAAAUGGUCUGGACUUCCCUUUCUGUGGAUGGCCCUUCAUUGGCUGGCCAUGUCGCAUUCUUGUUACAAUCCGGUGAUUUAUUGCUGGAUGAACGCGAGAUUUCGAAGUAGCUUCACCGUGGCAAUUACUCGUUUGCCCGGGAUACAUCGUAUUGUUCGUCAUGAAACGCAACGUAAUGAUACCAACAACGCCAGUUUGGUUGGGAUUCCCUUGACUGGUGGCAAUGGCUCGAGUUACUCUGUCCUGCGGCGUAUGAAUACGUGUACGACUUAUAUUAGCGUCCGCCGACAGACAAAUGGAAGUCAGGGCGGACCAGCAAGAAGUGCCAGUUUCCGGAAUGACUCGUUUCGACCCAUGACUCAAUACGUACAACGACAACUCGAAUCACACUCAGAGGAACAUUUAUAAAGAAUUUGUAUGAAUAAAAUAAAUUCAAAUUAAAUAUUGACUAACGAUAAGCGUGAAAAUAAAUGCUCGAUUAUAUAAGAGAAAUCGAUGAGUACAAUUUGUAACAAUUACGACAAAAAUAUUUGUAACUGUAGAUACAAAAAAGCAUCUCAUGGAAAGAUUUGGUAGUGAUGUUUAAUAUUUUCAAGCGAAAGAAAUGUUAUGUUAACUGUUUAAAAAAUUGGUAAUGUUACUGAGGAUAUUUAGGAUUAGAUCAUGUUUAAAUUAUAUUUUGUAUAUACAUAUUUGUAAACUUUGUAAUUUUAUUUAUAAUUUUGUUACAUGUGCAUCUUCUUACACAUAUAAAGCUGAAAAAAAUAUUAAAUUCGUGGAACUAUUAAUUUGAAUAAAUUGAAAGAAAUAAUUAAGAUUAUCACAUCGUAAUGAUUUGUUAUAUUCUAUAUUAAAAUUAUGUAAGUACACAUAAAAUUAUUUUUAAACACCGUAGCAACAUUAUAUGAAAACAUCAAUAUACCUCGGACAAGUACAUUCAAAGUUGAACCUGGAUUUUAUACAAAUACUUUUUUUUCAUUGUAAUUAUGAUAAAGUCUAUAAGCCAUAAAAAAUAAAUAAGAUAGAUUUCUACGUAUUGCUCAUUGUUGAAAAUAUCUAAUAAAAAAAUAAAUAAUGUAAUACAAAAAUU